ACGCGUUGGGAGGGGAUUUCCAGUUCACUGUUUCCUCUACUUGUUUUGCUUUCGAUCUGGACACCGAAAGAUACAAAAGUUUAAAAUAUCCGUUUUAUAAUCACGGACCACAAACUUAAGUCAAAAUUUGAAGUGCGUUAGAAGAUUCGCUGCAUUUGGAAAGGGCAUAUUCUGCCAUAGCACAGGUCACCAUGCCGGUGGAGAGAAUGCGAAUGAGGCCGUGGUUGGAGGAACAGAUAAACUCAGAUAAAAUACCAGGACUGAAAUGGGUCAACAGAGAGAAGAGAAUAUUCCAGAUUCCCUGGAUGCACGCGGCUCGACAUGGAUGGGACGUGGAAAAAGACGCACCUUUAUUUAGAAACUGGGCGAUUCACACAGGAAAAUAUCAGCCGGGAGUGGACAAGCCCGACCCAAAGACAUGGAAAGCCAACUUCCGCUGUGCCAUGAACUCCCUCCCUGACAUCGAGGAGGUGAAGGACAAGAGCAUCAAGAAGGGAACCAACGCCUUCAGGGUCUACAAAAUGCUGUUGCCCUCCGAGAGGCCCACAAAGAAAGGCAGGAAAAGGGGUGAAAAAGAGGAUAAAAUAAAGGUGGAGCGCAGGACCAGCGAUCAGAGGGUGGUGAAGGUGGAGGACUCUGUGGACAGCACGGUGCUAACAGGCACCCAUCGCCUGGCGACCCGCGACUCUGCCGUAGACCACAUGAUCAUCAGCGACCUGCCGGAUGUGUGCCAGACCAUCGAGGUGAUGACGGAGAACGAGGACCAGUCCGUCAGCUCCAGCCACGCCUACCCGCUCCAGAUCUCUCCCAUCUCCUCCUGUGACAGUGACACAGAUAGUAUUCACAGCGAAGAGGAUACUAAGGAGGGCCUGCAUGGGCUGUGGAGUCUGUGCCAGGCGGACGGAAAGAGCUCAGUGCUGAAGCUGCCUGGCAUGGCCACCUUCGUCUCCUCUGGGAUAACCAACUUCAGGGUGACCAACAGCCAGGAAGAGAGUCCGCACAUGGCCUACGACGCCUCUCUGUGGAGCGCCCCGUCCGUCCCGCCCCCCGUCCUGCCCAGCACGUCCAGUCACGCGCCGUCCCAUGAAACCCGCGCCAGCGUCAUCAUGAAGACCUCCGACAUCUCCAAGUCCCGCGUCAAAACCUGCUGAACCAGGGCCCAACGUUUUCCCAAGACUGGCACUCUGGGCCGGCCUGUAGGUGGGUGGCAUGGGACCGCAGACGUCCCGGCUACGCGCGCCCUGGUUGUGGUGGAGCACCCCAGGCUGGGUCUGAGGAGAGGUGCCGCCCUCAGGAAUAGGCAGCAAGACGGGUGAUCCCACUCACCACUGCUGCCCCCUAGUGGAGUGGAGGUUUUAGCCUCAUCGAUGAUAACUAGUUCUUAGCAAAUUGCAGCACAUAUCAAUCUCACUCGUGGGGGGAGAGACUCUUAACUCUGUCAGACACCUGCUCGUUCUACUGUCCUUGGUGUGAAUAUGUAAGUACUGGGUCAUUUGUACAAUUCCAGUCUUCUGCACCUUACUGAAAACAUCUUCACUCUAUGUGGGUACCUGUGGCACUUAUGGGUCCUUUGCUAAUGGUUAUGUCAUUUCUGAGGAUGUGUGAGGGACCAGCUUAUGAAAAAACAUUUUAAGCACAACUCUGUCAAAAGUCGUGACAUGGAAAGUGAUAUAAUGCACUCACCGAAAUGUCUAGAGACAUUGGCUUGAAACAUUUUCCUCAAUGUAUUUUCAUAUAAAGGGAAUAUUUUAUCCGAGGUGAAUUAAAGUAGUUACCUUUUACUUUUUUUACUGAGAAUAAUUGUUUUUAAUGUUGUGAUUAUUGUCACAUUGUUGAUGAUUUGUAUCAUGUGUUGUGAAUGUUUUGAGGCCUCCGAUAGCACUGUAUGUAUGAAUAUACACAUGAACAUGUGUGUGCUUAUGUACAGUAUGUGCUUAUAUGUUUUUGUGUGUGAAUAUAUGUAAAUAUAUAAUCCACACACAUAUUAAUACAUUUAUGUUUCCAUGCACAUACAUAAGCAGCUAUGAAUCCUGUGGAUAAUUAAAUUUGCUAAUCUUAAUUAAGAUUUUUUUAUUCUAAUUUACAUUAUGUUUCUGUAAAAUUGUACGCAGAAAUAAAUUUGGGACACUUGUUUUGAA